GGGAGAACUGAGCAGAAGUGCCCGGUUAGGACGGAGAGAUGCGCUAGCCAGAGGUUGAGGGGAGCGGAGACCGAAGUUGCAGAUAACUAACCCGCCCUCGGAAGGGCAGGACCCCCCGCCCCGAGCCCUGCUGUGGCAGGAGGGAGGACGGAUUCCCCGCUCCCUUUGGGCGCUGUGCUGUGACGCUGGGCUCCGCUCCUCCGUCCCGGCAGCGCAGCCCUGCCGGGGCCGCUCCGGCAGCGCCGAGCGGGGAUUGCCGGGCACGGCCCCGCAGAGCUGGCGCUGCGUUUGUUUUCCACUCCCCUGGCGCUCGCUGUGUGAAGCAAAUCCCUUGGAGGUGGGGGAGAAGCGGCUUCCGUGACAGCGGAGGGAGGAGGGAAAUAAAAUAAAAUAAAACAAACCAAAAUAAAAAGAGAGGAGAGCCAAGAAAGCACUUGCUUCUCAUCAUCUCUCAGGGAGCAAAGCCAGCUCUUCUUCUUAUGACCCCAGGCUGCAGGGAGCAGAGGCAGAGAAGGUACAAACAAAGCGGGGCUCAGGCUGCCCGCACCCCCUCUUCCCGGGGAGCAGCAGCCUGCCGGAGGUGCGACGGGCUGGGGAGGGCUGCCGGGGCCAACCCGGGCACAGCCGAGCCGGAGCUCCACCAAAAGCGAGGAGCAGAAAUGAAAGUUUCGAAAUAGCAUCCAAAGGAGCGCCAAGGACCGGAGCGAGCAGGGCUCCACCGCCUCGCAUCAGCCCCCGAUGGUGCAUCCGCGGGGCUGCGUCAGAGAUGUGAGCGUGCCCUGCCCGCUGCAUGGAGAGGGGUAAAGGCACAGAAACCCCUCGCUAUUUAUUUAUUUAUUUAUUGGAAGCAAUGUAUGGGUGACACCCAGAAGGCAUCCGAGCCCUGAAAAAAAAACCAAACCACCUCUGGACCCAAACGAGAACAAGAAGAAUGAGACAGCAGCCUUGACCCCUUACACUGAGAGGAAGGUGAGCAGAAAGAAAGAAAAUACAGAAAAGCCAUGCAAGCAUCAAACCUGUAGAUUACUGCAGGUCUUUUUUGCUUCACUGAGGACAAAUAUUUUACUGACAGCCAUGCAGCAUAAAGGCAUCAUGCUGAUUGUGUUCUUGGAAUAUUUUAUUUCUGGACAUGGGGAAGCAGAUCCCACGAGGCCACGAGCCUUCCGCUGCAGCGGCCGUGCCUGCAACCCUCCCGUGGGAAACCUGGCCACAGGAAGGACACCAGUGACCACCACCACGUGUGGCCAGAACAGCACAGAGCUCUACUGCUCCUACCCGGAGCAGAACCUCCUCCACCACACCUCCCCUGGCUGCGGGCAGCCCCGCUGCGCCAAAUGCAACACCAACCAGCCCGAUAACUCCCACCUCCCUGCUGACAUGACAGAUGAUUUCUUUGCCAACCCCAUCUCCUGGUGGCAGUCUGCCCAAGGGGUACACAGAGAAGAAAUCCGACUGGACUUUGAAACAGAAUUCUACCUGACCCACGUCAUUGCUGUGUUCAAGUCACCCCGCCCAGCUGCCAUGGUGUUGGAAAGGUCCCAGGAUUAUGGGCAGACUUGGAGGCCCUACAAAUAUUUCUCUGUCAACUGUACAGCUACUUUUGGGCUCCAGGAUGAUCUCGUUGAGGAAGGCUCCAUGUGCACUUCCAGGUAUUCAGAUGCAGUGCCCUGCACCAGAGGAGAGGUGAUUUAUCGUGCCUUAAGUCCAGCUAACAAGAUCGAAGACCCUUACAGCCCUGAGGCUCAGGAUCUCCUGAAGCUCACCAACCUCCGCCUGCUUUUGUUAAAAAGACAGGAAUGUCCAUGCCAUGGCUCAGGAUUGGUAGAGAAACCCCAAAGAUUUGCCCACUAUGCUAUUUAUGACCUGAUCAUCCGGGGAAGCUGCUUUUGCAAUGGGCAUGCAGAGGAAUGUGAGCUUGCCAACAGGACGGCAGUGGUGGAGAACAUGGUCCAUGGGAAGUGUGUGUGCAGACACAACACGGCAGGAGACCACUGUGAGAAAUGUGCUCCGCUCUACAACGACCAGCCUUGGAAGCCAGGAGAUGGGAAAACAGGGGCACCAAAUGAAUGCAGAAAGUGUCGCUGUCACAACCACGCCGAGAGCUGCCACUUCGACCUGAGCGUGUGGCUGGCCUCGGGGAAGCGCAGCGGGGGAGUCUGUGACAACUGCCAGCACAACACGGAGGGACAUCGGUGCCAGAGGUGCAAACCUGGCUUUUACCGGGACAGAGGGAAGCCCCUGUCUUCCCCAGAGGUCUGCAAACCCUGUGCCUGCCAGCCCCUGGGUUCAGCCAACGCCACGUUCAGCAGCAGCUGGAGAUGCCACCCCCGGACAGGAUUCUGCUACUGCAAACCAGGAGUGGCAGGUCCCAGCUGUGACAGGUGCCUCGUGGGCUACUGGGGCUUUGGAGAAAGUGGCUGUCGCCCCUGUGACUGCGCCAGAGACUGUGACCAGCACACUGGGACGUGUUUCAACAGCUAUGACAGUGAGCCCUUCUUUCACAUCCCCAUCGGGGGACGAAUCCCCGACCUCGUCCAAGCGCCAGCCAACGAGAGCGAGGAGGAGUGGAAGUGGAACGAUCACGAGCAGGGAUUUUCUGCACUGAGGCACCCAGAAAAGUGUGUGUGCAAAGAAAAGGUUCUCGGAAGCGUCAGUGACUUCUGCCAAAUGAAAUAUGCCUAUGUAAUAAAAGCAAGAAUCCUGUCUGCUCAUGACAAAGGGACCCAUGCAGAAGUUGUUGUGAAAGUGAAGAAGGUCCUGAAAUCAAGCAAAGUGAAAAUUGCUCGGAGCAACAGAAGCAUUUACCCAGAAUCCUGGACCAACAGGGGCUGUACAUGUCCCAUUCUCAAUCCUGGUACUGACUACCUAAUAGCAGGCCAAGAGGACUCAAGGACUGGCAAACUCCUUGUGAACAUGAACAGCCUGGUGAAACCCUGGAAGGCACAUUUGGGAAAACAAGUAUCAGAUAUUCUUCGAACUGGAUGCAAAUGAUUUCUGCUUCAGAAAUUACAGUGCUGGACUUUGCCUUUUAGUAACACUGCAGUGAAAGGUGUAGUUAGUUCAAGCAUUCCCAUUCAACAUGCUCCUAGCUGAAGCAAGGAAAGCAGACUUGCCAUCCCUCUUUUCAUGUACUUAGACAGGAAACUCGGGACAUGACUACUUUAAAAAAAAAUUCACAGCCUUAUCAUACAAAAUUACCUAGUGCAUCAUAUAUAGAUCACAAGUCAGUUCUUCACUUGAGCCUGAUUCCAGCCAGAAUCAUUUUACAAGGCAAAACUAAAGAUAUGGACUAGUGUUUCUAUACUCCAGGUCAGAGUCUGAUAUUAAUAUGUAUAAACUGCUUUCAUAAUACAUUCAUUACUGGAAUGUAAUUUUCUUUAUAAAUGACCACUAAAAGGCAGCAAUUUCUUUCAGCUUCACAAGUGGCAUAAUACUAAAUAAGCAUAAAAGAGAGCUCAAACUGACUUACCAUCAGACUGCAAUUAUGCCAAUAUAAUAGGCUGCUUUCUAGGGGACAAUAUUAUCCCACUGCCUACCUGAAACAAACAUGUGGCUUAUCUUGGGACAGUGUUCUUUAGAGAUGUGCACUGCUAUCAUCAAUGCUUAGUGCUGAGCUCUGCUGCAGAAACCACCUUGGCUCAAACUCCAUUCCAAAUGCAGCUCUGUGCUGUCGUACUUAGUCUGCAACACCACAAAGGUUUCAAAGCACUCACUGCAAAUAAACCUUAAUUACAGGAAAAAGCCAAAGCGUGAGGAACUAGCAGCUGCUCUAAUGUGGAAAUUGUGACACUACAAAAGCCACAAAGCAGAAACAGGAGGUAAAUGGACUGGCUGGAGCAUGUAUCAAAUGAGGUAAGCUGCAGUUCUGGGAGAGCAACCUGGCUGUUCCAACUGUGCUCAAGACCACUUGCCUUCGAUUGCACUUAGUGCUUUCAUUGUGCUUUAUUUCUCUUGGUCACACUUCAGGGUAAGAUGCUGAAACUCUGCUUCCUUCCCAUAGUGCCUGAGGAUUAUUCCUCCCUCUGCAAAAGCACAGGAGUGAUAACAUCAGCACUCCAGGUAAAAUUAGUUCUCCUCUGCAAAGACAUUAUUUCUAAAUCAAUUUUACCCUAUAGUAAUCAAGAGGUAGCUACUUAAAUCCUUCCCUAACACAGAAUUUUGAGGAAAUUGAAGUUUGAGAUGUGUCCCCCGUUUAAGGACUCAUAACCAAAUCAAGUUGGUUGGAGCACUCUCUCUUCAACUAAGCAAAAAUCACACUGAAUCAAUCUAUAUUCUUUCAGGGAUUUACAGAGAAAGAGUAGCAUACAUGCUACUUUAGCAUGUUUCAAUUCCAUGUCUAAUUUUUAAUGCUCCUAGGGAAGAGAUGUUUUCAUUUAGCACUGUCUGACUGGUAAGUGGUACACCAGAAACCCUAAUACUAAUGCAGAACAAUGGUUUUCCAGCCUACAAGUUAUGACAUUGUUUUGUUCUCUACCAAUGAGAAUUCAGCCACUUCCAUUCUAUUAACUGCUAUUUUACUUUGAAUUUCACAGAUUGAACAGCAGAGAUACCUUUAGCUCAUUUGGAAACGGAUGACAGGCAAAAAAAGGGAAAAAAAAAGAAAAGCUUUUUUUUAGGGAAAAAAUGCUCCAAUUUGUUUCCCAACAAGAUAUAAACAGUGUUUCUAGUGUUUUUUCCUCCCCAUUUUUCAGGAAAUUUCCCUUCCUCCAUUGCUUUCCCCCUUUCACUUCUUAAUUUAUUUGUUGUUACCUAAACUGGUAUCCAACAAUGUGGCAUCUCCAACAAGCUAUUUAAUUAAUGCAAUAAAACACUUUUUAACCAAGGCAUUUGGCAGAAUUUGAAAUCUCAGCCUUAUGAAAUUAGGCGCCCAGCAACUGCUUUCUUUACUGUCUCCAGAAAUUGUCUCACAACAAAAAGAUUAACUAGUUCUCUUUCAAAUACCAAUAAAGACCUGUACAUGAAUUUACAGUCUGAUCUCAAAGGGCCUCUCACAAGAAAUGAAAUUCAAGCGUAGGUUUAGAAUUAAACUAAGGAACGUGCUUUUCAACAGAGGCCGUUUUACCUGUAGGGGAUCUUAUUUAAUGACAAUGAGGAUAUUCCAUGUUGGUUUAUAGUCAGCACUGUAUUAAAGCAAACACCUCUAUUCUA